UUCUCAUUCGCGCAAGGGAGAUGGGAAAGCAGCAUCAGCAACAUUCAGGCAGCCGAGGCGCCGCAGCUCCAGCUCGCCGCACGGCUCAGCAGGCCGGCUUCGAGUCGGACGCCGCUCGCGGUGCAUCCCGAUCAUCCAAGAAGGCCCGCCUGGCGCAUCCGUCCGGGAAGCAGCAACAGCAACAGCAACAGCAGCAGCGGCAACACGUGCGCUCAGAGAAGGGCGCUGGCUCAAAGCAGGCGAGCAACGGCCACAAGAAGCAAGGCGCAGCAGCCAACGGCGCCCGUCGCGGUCCUGGCAGCGACUCUGACGAGCAUGAUGAUGACAGCACCAAGGCGGAGAGCAGCGAUGAGGAGCUGUCGCCAGAGGACCUCGCCUUCUUCCGCAGCAAUCCGUCCGCCAUGUCCUUCCUCUCCAACUUUGAUGCUUCGGCCGCCGCGCUGAAAAAAGACAAGAAGCAAAUCCAGCUGGCCAAGGGCAAGCCACAGCAAGGCCCAGAGGGCAAGAAGGCUUAUCGAGUGCUGACGGCAGCCGAUCUCGACAGCAGCGAUGAUGAGGGCUCGAUCGCCGAGGACGACUUUGACAGCGACGUCGAGGACUUUGAUGACGCUGAGGACGGCGCAGACGACGAAGAAGAAGAAGACGAAGACGAUGACGAUGCUGGCGAAGAUGACGAUGAAGUUGAGGAUGGCGACGAGUCGGACGCAUCGUCGGUGCAUCUCAGUGACAUUGAAGAAGAGUUCAACGAGCGCCACGGCCGAACAGCCGCACGCAAACCCGGCAAGAGUGCUGCCGACGACGAGAACAUGGAAGAGCAAUACGAGCAAGCGGUUGCCGCACGCUCCAAGGGCGGCAAAGACCCUGCUUCGGAGGAAGGUGGCUCGCGCAUGCCGCUCAAGACCAAACAGGGCCUCGUCAUGGUCACCGCCCCGAUGGCCCCGUCUGUGGCCAAGCAGAACAAGCGUGCCGACGAGCCGGCAGCGCCCGCACCAACAAAGCGCCCAGUGGCUGUCGAGGAGCCAGUCGACGAGGUCCAGCUGUCGCUGGCCAAGGCCAUGCCCGACCUCGAAAACAUGCCGCUUGCUGCGCUGAUUGCAUGGCGUCAACAGCAGCUCUCCCGCGCCAAGCAACAGCUUGCCGAGUUUGCUUCACAGAUCAUGGAGAAUCCUGAAGUCCAUGUUGGAUUGUUCAAGCAAAUCGGCCGGUUUUACCGCGAGUCGGAUGACAUUCGCAUCCAAAAGCUCGCCAUGCUGACCGCCGUGCGUGUGUUUAAGGACAUUCUUCCUGCCUACCGCAUUCGCGACACGGGCGACGAAGAAGAUGGCAAGCAGCAAGUUUCCAAGGAAAUCAAAAAAAUCCAGGCUUUCGAAACCGCCCUGCUCGGACAGUACCAGCAAUUCUUGCUGUUUUUGGACAAGUGCACCAAAGACUUCGUUGGUCUUGGUAACAAGCACGGCGAAGACAAGAACGAGUUGGCAACCGAAUCAGUCAUCAAGCUUGCCGAAUGCGCCAUUACGUGCAUGGGCGAGCUCUUGCUUCAAAACCCGUAUUUUAACUUUUCAGUCAAUCUUAUUGCGACGUUGGUGCCGCUGAUGGGCGUUCGAAAGCCCGAAAAUUUUGCAGCACCAAUCUGCGCAACGAUCGUGUCUCUGUUCCAGAACGACCCAAAGGGCGAAGCCGUGUUGGACGUUGUCAAGGUGGUCGCCAAGCUCGUCAAGGCGAAAAAUUACAACCUUCCCCGCACUAUUGUAGACCCGUUUUUGCGAUUACGCCUUGACAGCGACUUGGAGGCCGUCAAGGACAUCAAUCCGAUCGACAACCACAAGUCCGCCCAGUCUCGCAAGAAGCCGCACAUGUCCAAGAAGGAGAAGAAGAAGACCAAAGUCGCCGCCGAGCUUGAUCGGGCCAUGCGCGAAACCGAGGCCGAAGUCAGCAAGGUUGACCGGCAGCGCAUGCAAACUGAAACGCUCAAGUGGGUCUUCUUGACAUACUUCCGCGUCCUUAAAAACGCAACGCGAUCGCCAUUGCUUCCGGGUGUCCUCGAGGGCUUGGCAAAAUUUGCCCAUUUGAUCAACAUUGACUUUUUCAGCGAUCUUAUGUCGGUGUUGAAAAACCUGCUGGUCGAGGAAACGGUCAGCAUCGAGUCCAAAAUCCACUGCGUGAAGGCUGCCUUCCAAAUCCUGACCGGACAAGGCGAGGUUCUCAACAUUGAUCUCAAGGACUUUUACGCCGCUCUCUACGCCGCGUUGCCUGCGGUUGUGGGCGAAGAGCGCCUCAUUCGCCCGCUCGUCUCUUGUCUCGAAUUGAUGCUCCGACAGCGCAAGCAGUCGAUUGAUCGUGUGGCGGCAUUCGUAAAGCGUCUGUGCUCGAUUGCAACCAAUCUUUCUGCAGAAGGGUCUCUCGCCCUGAUGACUGCCACCCGUGGAUUGAUGAAGAACAAUCCCCGUUGUGAGCAACUGUUGGAUAGCGACGUGUCAUCGACAGGAGUGUAUCGCGCUGAGCUCGAUGACCCGGAGCAUGCAUGUGCCUUUGCUACCACCUUGUGGGAACUCCCGCUUCUGCAGAGCCAUUAUCAUCCCUAUGUGCAAACCUUUACGCAUCACAUCCUCCAAGGCGCGCCUUUGGACGGAAAAGAUGCGUUGAGCGUCCCCGAAGCGCGCCGGUCGUCGGUCAAGAUCUUUGACGAGUACGACACCGCCGAGGGCGGCUUUAAGCCACCGAUUCCCCCUCCCAAGGUUCAUCCCUUGCAAAAGCAGCUGGGCAAGAGCGGAGCGGAGCGUGGCGUGUUUGUCAAGUUCCGUCCGCUUCAGAGCGAGUAUCUGCGCGAGUUUGCCGCAAAGAUGGCCGACCAAGAAAUCGCCUCUUCGGCAAAUCGGGCGGCUGCCAGCACUGGUCUGCGCACUCACUUUGAGCUGCUGCGUGAGCAAAACCGCCAAGUCCGUCUCAUGAAUGAGCUGCGCCGCCUGCGUGCCACCAUUCACGCAUUCGAGCGCGACGAGUAAAGCAGAAUCGAUCGAGCGACGAGCCCUUUUCCGUCGGUUUUAGUUUGCUCGACUUGGUUUUUUUGUUUUGCCACUGCUUUGAUGCUGGUCCUCUUCGUGCCCCCCCCCCCUCCUUCCGUUCCUAUUGUCAACGAAUGAUGACUUGGUAGUUUUAUUUCCAAUGCAGCACAC